AUGUCUUUAUCAGUUGUACGUUCGACUUAUAGAAGGAUGAUGAAAUAUUUUCUUCGUCAUUGGUGUAUGGAAAUCAAAUGUGACGGUAAUAAUACAACGAGUCGUAAUACUAAAAAAAAUGGUCAAGACGGUUGCCAAAAAUCUGAUAGACAUGACACGAAAAGCAGUAACGACGAGAACAAGAAUUGUCAAAUGACAAAAUCUAAUCUUGACAAGCGCAUUGAUGAUGGUAUUUUAUUAGAUGCACAACUUGAAUGGGAACAUGAAGCAGGAAUUGAACAUAGUCCAAAAACGUACCGAAAAUCAGAACAAGACCUUUUAGAUAUACUUUUGACACAAUCUCCAAGUUCAAUAUCUUCUGCAACAUAUAUUCGUUCACCUUGUUGUUCUGAUUUUGAAUGGGAUGAUUUAUUCGAUUUUGCGCUGUAG